AAACGCAUUGGCCUGUAACGUCGUACUGAACGAGGGGACGCAACGGAGGCAGGCCGGAGCCGUUGCCGUCGCCAUGACCCGCGGUAACCAGCGCGAGCUCGCCCGCCAGAAGAACAUGAAAAAGCAGAGCGACUCGGUUAAGGGAAAGCACCGAGAUGACGGGCUUUCUGCUGCCGCCCGCAAGCAGAGGGACUUGGAGAUCAUGCAGCAGAAGCAGAAAAAGGCAAACGAGAAGAAGGAGGAACCCAAGUAGCUUUGUGGCUUCGUGUCCAACCCUCUUGCCCUUCGCCUGUGUGCCUGGAGCCAGUCCCACCACGCUCGAGGUUUCUCCUGUAGUGCUCACGGGUCCCAGCACCGAUGGCACUCCCUCUGCCCUGAGUCUGCAGCGG